AUGGCUAAAGUAGUGCACCAAGAUCCACCGGCUGGUGGGGCAGGGGAUGAACCACAAAACCCACCCAGCUUUGAAGGUACUGCUGACCCAGUGGUGGCAAAAGAAUGGAUCAGCAUACUAGAAAGGAUCUUCGAUUUCAUCGGAACUACUGAGCAUGAAAAUGUGUGGGAUGCUGCAAAGAAGGGUCAUAAUGUGGCCGAAAUGGAAUGGCCAGAACUUCUAGUCUUCUUCAACUCUAAAUAUUACAGUUGUACCGUGAUUGACCAUAAAGUGGUAGAGUUUAUGACUCUGAAGCAAGGAAAUUUGUGCAUCCAGGAAUAUACCAGGAAGUUUGAUCAUUUAUGCAGAUUUACACCGGAUAUGGUUAAUACUGAAUCAACCAAAGUAUGGAGGUUUAUGAGAGGACUUCGAGAAGAGAUGGGAAAACUCGUGGACACCGGGAAAACAAGCCUAGAAACAUAUGCAGAAGCAGUGGAGCGAGCGCUUCGCCAAGAGUCAUGGUCUGAACUGGAAAGGAAAGAAUCCUAG